CGACUCUUAACGCGACCGAAGGUUUUUCUCGCCGGCCGGUCCACUUUGUGCCGACGUGUGCUGAGUAUUUUGCGCCUGCGCCACGUCAAGGAGGUCGGAGCUGCGCAUGCCUACUCGAGAUCAAAGAGCUGUUGUACCGUGAGCUGCACUAGAGAGGAGGGGAGCCGAGGAAAGAACAGUUUAGCGCGGAAUUGGCAUGAGUUGACCUUUGACCCCGCUGACCCCGGCUUCGCUGAUCCAGUCAUGCCCCCUCGUCGUCCGCCCGAGCUCUACCGGGCUCCGUUCCCGCUCUAUGCCCUCCGCAUACAUCGUGAAGCUGGACUGGCGCUGAUCGCUGGGGGAGGCGGCGCUGCCAAGACGGGGAUCACGAAUGGCUUGCAUUUCUUGCAGCUGCACUGGAGAGAUGGCAAGUUAUCUGCCUCGCUGCUACAUGCUCAUGACACAGAGACCCGGGCUACCAUGACUAUGGCGCUAGCAGGAAAUUUUAUUGCUGCAGGGCAGGAUGCUACUUGCCACAUCCUGAGUUUCCAGCUCUUUAAAUCUGGGCAGAAAACAGGUGGCAGCAGUGGCGAUAGUGCUAAAGCAGGUGCUGGUAAUAAGGAUCUACGGAGACGCAAGCCCCCAGUCCCAAAUGAGAAAAGCAAUGGCAAUACCCACAGGGAGAUGACGGAGGUGGCAGUAGAAACUUUGCACUGUGUCCAAACAGACACCAGUCCAGAUACUCUACAGAAGGCUGUGUGCUUCAGUGAUGAUCAUACCCUUUUGGCUACUGGUGGUGUGGAUGGCUUCCUGCGAGUCUGGGAGUUUCCCAGCAUGAAGAAAACUCUUGAAUUCCAGGCACACAAUGGUGAGAUAGAAGAUAUAGCACUGGGUCCUGAUAACAAGGUGGUGACAGUGGGACGGGACUUCCAGUGUUGUGUGUGGCAGCGAGAUCAGAUGGUGAUGGGUCUGCGUUGGAAUGAAAAUCUUCCAGGCAUUCCAGACAAGACCUACCGCUACCAGGCUUGCAAGUUUGGUACAGUUGAAGACCAAGCCAAGGCAUUGCGACUGUACACAGUGCAGAUCCCCUACAAGCGUGAACGACGUCCACUUCCCUGCUACAUCACCAAGUGGGAUGGGCAUAGUUUCUUGGCCCUGCUCACUCGUCCCUGUGGCAAUGAGGUCAUCUCAUGCCUGUCUGUAAGUGAGACAGGCACAUUCCUGGGUUUGGGCACUGUCACAGGCUCGGUUGCCAUCUUCGUCGCCUUUUCUUUGCAGAGGCUGUAUUACGUGCGGGAAGCACAUGGCAUAGUGGUCACUGCUGUGGCCUUCCUGCCUGAGACUCCUGAACUGCUCAAGAGCAACGAGGCAGCCCUGCUAAGUGUGGCAGUUGACAGCCGCUGCCGCCUGCACCAGAUAGCCUGCCGGCGGAGUUUCCCCAUCUGGCUGCUGCUGCUCUUCUGUGCUGGACUGAUUGUGGGCACGGUCCUGUUACUACAGUUGGCCUUCCCAGGGUUCCUCUAAUCUUUCUUCAUGGUGAGGUUCCUGGAAAGCUUGGACCUUCUCUGGCCUUCCUGUAAGGGACGCAUCUUCUCCUUUCUAACCUUAAGAGACUGGAGAGGGGACCCAGAAGCCAGGGCAAUGGUUGCCCUAGUGAAGUGCAUGGUCAGGUGGACUUGGCCAAGCUGGAGGCUGGACCUCAAAUUGAUCAGGUUUUGGCCUUGAGCAAUUCUUGUCUUAAGCCCAUCACACUGAACGGGAUGAAGGAACUAUAUUCUCCAUUUUUGACUGAUCUGUGAGAAACAUUCCAGCAUUAUUUGCUCUGAGCAACGAUUUCCCAUUUAAGCUCAGGGUUUAAACCUUGUAUUAUUAAACACAAUGAUGGAGCAGAACCUUUCCUUCCUGCCUGCCUUGUUGGUUACUUCCCCAUUUCCUUUUGGCUUGGGCAGAGCUGGAGGUCUUAACAGUAGAGGGGUUCUUUGGGGCCAGAAAUGAAGGAGGCUGCAGCUGCUCCAUGAAGACUCACCAAGAGACUGUCAUUUGGAAUAGCUCUGCCGUACCAAGUCUAAGAGGAAUGAAGCUAUUUUCUUAUUUUUCUGCCAUAGCUAUGUAAGAGAAUGGGGUGGAGAAGAUUAGGGAUUUGGGGAUUCCCUUCCCUCUUGAGCAAGGCUCAACAUCUACAGCUUGACUCCCAAGAACCUUUCUAAAAUACUCAGAAUGUAUACAUAGAGCAAAGAUGCUUGUGUUUGUGCACAUGCAUCGUCUGUUUAGAGUUUGCUUAAGUCAGCAAAUCACAGCUGUUCUCAUGGAAAAACUAAGGAUUUUCAGCAAUUAACGUUCCCUCCGGACAUCUGGCUUCAAGCAUUCGCCAGUGUAGAUUUUUCCAUGAAGUGUAAAUUUAUUUCCCCUCUUUUAUUAAGUUGAUGUCUUAUUUUGAGACUUGGAAAUAUGUCAGCAAAAUCAUACUUGUUCAAUUAUUUUAAAUUCCCAGAGUUUAUUAGGUUACCACUUUUUCGUAGAAGUGAAAAUCAUGACUGCUGAUAUAAUAUGCCAGGCAUUUGCCAAUAAAAAAAAUGAAAAUGGUCACAAUUUGAAAAAAAUGUUAGGAUAGGUGGUUCUGCAUCCUGCAAUUUUUAUCAGGGAAGCAAGAGAGGGAAUUGCUUUUUUUUUU